CACCAAAUAGUUGUCAAUGUCAUCCUUUACAUUCUCAGCCUCAGCUCUGCAAAUGCAAUUCACCGAUUCGUCGAAAUUUGCAAUCCCAUUUCCAACUCUCAGCUUCAAAUGUCAAAAACAUGUAAUAAUCUCAAGAAAUGUGAAGUUAGGUUCCCGCAUAUUGCCAGCAUUGAAAUCUUCUGACCAAGAAAUGGAAAACGAGGGUUCUUCUGAGAUUGCAAAUGGCCCAUCUACCAGUUUCUUGUCUUUACUUUGCCCCUUGCUUAAACUCUUUUCAGGAGGAGACCCCUCAAGCAAAAGAAACUAUUUAUUGGAGGAAGCAACAUCUACGCUUUCUACCUUGGCAAGACUCCCAUGGGGUUCACGAGUACAAUAUGGUACAUUAGGCAGUAAAGAUGGGACUAAAGUUAAUCCUCCAAUGCACCUUCAGAUCUUUGAAUUCGAGGCAUGCCCAUUUUGCAGAAGGGUUAGGGAGGCAAUGACCGAACUUGAUCUGUCUGCUGAAAUUUACCCAUGCCCAAAGGGUUCAGUGAGACACCGUGAAAUGGUUAGAAGAUUGGGAGGCAAAGAACAGUUCCCAUUCCUUGUUGACCCAAAUACUGGAACUUCGCUCUAUGAAAGUGGUGAUAUUGUUAAAUAUUUAUUUCAUCAAUAUGGUCAAGGAAGGAAUCCAUCUACUGGUCUCUUGGAAAGUACUAUCUUAACAGGAUGGAUGCCAACUCUUCUUCGAGCAGGAAGGGGAAUGACAUUUUGGGAAAAAUCCAGGAAAGAGCCACCACCUAAAAAGCUUGAACUCUUCUCAUAUGAGAAUAAUCCUUAUGCUCGAAUAGUUCGUGAAGCACUUUGUGAACUGGAGCUUCCUUACAUACUAAAUAACAUAGGUGAGGGAUCAACACGUGAACGGUCACUCAUCAAAUUAUCUGGUGGAAAGGAGGUGCCUUACCUUGUUGAUCCAAACACUGACACACAGAUUGGUGACUACAAGAAGAUAAUAUCAUACUUGUUUCAGACCUAUUCUUUGGAUGCUCUAUAGUUGCAUGCUUCUUAAAACUGAUAGGCUCUCUGUCUUUUCCUAUGUACUAGUCUUGGGUAUUUCAAGAUAUAUAAUGAACAAAUCUCAAUCAGGAGAUCAGAGAGGAGUGGAACUCAACGAAGGAAGAAGAAGAAUGGAGAGAAUCAAUUUGGGAAUUUUCAUCUGUAUUGAAUUAAUCUGUACAAGUAGCUCACAAGUAUAUAUAUACACACUGUUUAUCU